AUGGGUCCUCCCCAGCCUCUGGGGGCCCCAAGAGGAGGAGGAUUCAAGGUCCACGAUGGGACUGGCUUCCUGUGUUCUGGGGAGAGCAUCGGAGUAAAGCCACUUUCUAGCCGGUUUUCAGCCAUCACUCUAAUGAGAGGACCUUACAUUCGCCAGCAUCCCCUGUGUGUCUAUGUGUUCGUGUGUCCCCAGGGCGGUGAGGGGCCCAUGUCCUCCUCCCUGUGUCUCUGGACCCUGACGCCCUCUCCUCUUGCAGGGCCGCCUCCUCUGCAGACCCUCCUGCAGCGGCUCCUCUCCGGCCCCCGCCCCUGUCUUCUCUCCCUGGGCCUCAGCCUCCUCCUGCUGGUCGGCAUCUGUGCCAUCGCAUCCCAAAAUUCCAAGUUGCAGAGGGACCUGGUGACCCUGACAACAACUUUCAGUAACUUCAUCUCCAACACUUCGGCUGAGAUCCGGGCACUGAACUUCCAGGAUGGCACUUUGCAAGGAAGGAUAGCAUCUCUGAACACGGAAGUGGAAGGUCAAAAGCAGCAACUGCAGCAGCUCAGAGCUGGACUCAAGAAGCAGAAGCCACACCCAGGGCACUGUCCCCACUGCCCAUCUGUGUGUGUCCCAGGCUACUCUGAAAUGCUCCUCCGAGUCCAGCAGCUGGUUGAGACCACAGACUCCCUGACCUGCAGGAUGUCUGCGCUCAAGAGCCAUGACUCGAGAGAUUCCUGCUGCCCCACUGAUUGGCUGGAGCAUAGAGGCAGCUGCUACUGGUUCUCUGGCUCUGAGAAGCCCUCUGAGGCUGAGAAGUAGUGCCAGCUGGAGAAUGCCCACCUCAUGGUCAUCAACUCCAGAGAGGAGCAGAAUUUUAUCCAGGCCCAUAUGGGCUCCUUCUACACCUGGAUGGGCCUCAGUGACCCGGACCGAGUCUGGAAAUGGGCGGAUGGGACGGAUUAUGAGACCAACUUCCAGAACUGGAAGCCAGGCCAGCCAGACGACUGGCACGGGCACGCUGGGGGAGGUGAGGACUGUGCCCACCUCCACCCGGAUGGCAUGUGGAAUGACGACGCUUGCCAGAGGCCCUACCACUGGAUUUGUGAGGCCAGGCUGAGCAAGGCCAGCUAGGGGAGUGGGCGUGCUGCUACCUGUGGAGCCCAAGGCCACGGCCAGGGCAGCAGUGGUGGGGGAGGGGAAUAAGCCCCCCGGGGGGGGGUUGGAGCACUGCCAUCAUUUCGAGUUUUUUCCCUUAACUUUUAAAAGCCUAUCUAGAGUGCCUAAGGUAUGUGAAACUUUUUCUGCUUAAUUGAGGUGUCGUUGACUUAGAAAAUUGUAAAUAUUUAAAAGUGUACAUUGUGGAGUUCCCAUGGUGGCUCAGUGUUAAGG